CUUAGGGUUCUAGCGGAUAGAUUUUAAGAGAGAAAUGCGAGGCGUUCCAGACGGGCGCCUCAUUAUGGAUAGCGGCAUCGGGGCGCUCGUCCAGCGCCGAGCGAUCACGGCGCGCAAUCGCAUCAUCUCCUCACUAGCAAUGCGAUUCCCGGGAGGAAGGCUUGGGGCGCUCAAUGGUCGCUUCUUUGGCCAAUGCCCACUGCUUCGCCCUGGAUUAUCGCUUCGGAUCGCCGGCGCCCGGGGCUUUCGAGCUGUGUCGGCACAGAUGGAAAGAAAAGCAGCGGCUACCGGCGAUGGUGGAGCUGCGGUGGCUGUGCACAACGAUAGAACACUCUUGGUGGAGCUACACAAGGAGGCGUCCGAGUCAUAUCUCUCCUAUGCGAUGUCCGUUAUCGUUGGAAGAGCUCUUCCGGAUGUGCGCGAUGGUCUCAAGCCCGUGCAUCGCCGAAUACUUUACGCUAUGAACGAGCUGGGUUUAGCGUCCAAGAAACCUCAUAGGAAGUGUGCUCGUGUUGUUGGCGAGGUGCUUGGAAAGUUUCAUCCGCAUGGGGACACAGCCGUGUAUGAUGCCUUAGUUCGCCUUGCCCAGAGUUUUUCGCUGCGGUCACCACUUAUCAGUGGUCACGGGAACUUCGGCUCGCUGGACGGUGACCCUGCGGCUGCAAUGAGAUACACCGAGUGUAGGCUUCAUCCGCUUUCAGAAGCAAUGCUUCUUGCCGACCUUGAUCUGGAUACCGUCGAUUUUAUUCCAAACUUCGACGGAUCACAAAAGGAGCCGGUAGUCAUGCCUGCCAGACUUCCCAACGUUCUUAUCAAUGGUGCUUCCGGAAUAGCCGUUGGCAUGGCUACCAAUAUACCUCCGCACAACCUCUCCGAAGUUGUGGACGCACUUUGCGCUUUGAUAAAGAAUCCUAAUGCAACUGUCGAAGAACUGAUGGAACAUCUGCCUGGCCCAGAUUUCCCGACCGGAGGACAAAUUUUGGGGAUAUCGGGGAUAGCGGACGCUUUUAGAACCGGCCGCGGAACGAUUACAGUUAGAGGCAAAGCAGAUUUCGAGGAGCUGGAAGGAAAAAUUUCUCGCUCAGCUAUCAUUAUUACUGAGAUUCCGUAUGGUACAAACAAGUCUACUUUGGUUGCUAAGAUUGCCGAACUCGUUAACAGCAAGACGCUAGAAGGUGUAAGCGACAUCAGAGAUGAAAGUGACCGAGCAGGAAUGCGGAUUGUCGUCGAGCUCAAAAGAGGCGCUGUGGCAGCUGUUGUUCUGAAUAACCUGUACAAGCAUACAGCUCUGCAGUCUCGUUUUAGCUACAACCUAGUUGGUAUUCUUAACAAGGAGCCGGAGGUGUUUAGUAUCAAGAGACUGCUGGAGAUAUUUCUAGAUUUUAGGUGUUCAGUAGUCCAGAGGCGAGCUCAGUGCGAACUUACACGUGCUGAAGCAAGGGAUCACUUGUUGGAGGGUUUUUUGAAAGGAUUGGACAAGCUGGACGAUGUUGUGAAAGUGUUAAAGAGUGCCAAGGAUUCUGCGAGUGCAAUGCAGGCAUUGCAGAAAGAUUUCGAACUAUCUGCAGCCCAGGCCGAAGCCCUUUUAGGAAUGCCGCUACGGCGUAUAACCAGUUUAGAGCGAAAUAAGAUACUCGAGGAACAUAAUAGUCUUCUUGCGCAGGCCUCCAACUUGCGUGAGUUGCUCUCAAACAAACAGCGCGUUUUAAGGGUCGUUGAAAAAGAAGCUUUGGCUUUGAAGAACGAGUUUGGAAGUCCACGUCGGACUGUGCUCGAGGAGGAUGGCGAUGGUCGAAUAGAUAACAUUGAUGUGAUACCAAACAACGAGAGUUUCCUGACUCUCAGCGAGAAGGGUUACAUCAAGAGGAUGCAGCCCGACACCUUUUUAGCACAAAGGCGUGGGACAACAGGCAAGUCCGGGGCCAAGAUGAAAAGCAACGAUGGCAUGGUGGAUUCAUUCAUGUGCAGGAAUCACGACCACGUUCUCGUAUUCAGCGAGCGGGGAGUUGUAUACUCCUUUCGUGCCUACCAAGUCCCUGAAUGCUCAAGGACCUCUGCUGGUGUUCCCAUCAUUCAGGUGCUCUCCAUCCCGGCGGGAGAACGAAUUACUUCUAUCUUCCCACUCAGCGAGUUUCGAGAGGACCAUUUUCUGGUCAUGCUCACUUCCAAAGGUUACAUCAAAAGAACGGAACUGCCAGCUUUCUCAUCCAUUCGACCACAAGGCAUUGUGGCCAUUCAGCUGAUGGAGGGAGACGAGCUUAAAUGGGUGCGACUGGCCACCCAAUCUGACAGGAUAUUCAUUGGCUCUCGGAAUGGGAUGGCUAUGCAGGCUCCUUGUGAGUUUCGUUCCAUGCGAAGGGGAGCUCGUGGUCUAAGGGCCAUGCGCAUUAAAGAAGGUGACGAGAUUGCUGCUAUCGACAUUGUUCCUGGAUCUGUAUGGAAAGAGAGGAGCAAAGCAAGCGAAGCUCCUUGGUUGCUCUUCGUCUCUGAAAACGGGAUGGCGAAGCGAGUCCCUAUAACUUCCUUCCCUCGGCACGGCUUGAACAAAGUCGGGGUUAUCGGAUGCAAGUUCGUUCCCGGGGACCGGCUCGCAUCCAUGUUUGUCGUGGGAACGUCAGUUUCAGAUGGAGAAAGCAACGAAGAAAUCGUAGUCGGGACCCAGGGAGGGAUCUUCAACCGGUUCAAAGUUCGCGAGAUCAGUAUCAAGUCGCGGAUGGGAAGGGGCAUCAAGCUGAUGAAACUAGAUGUGGACGACAAGGUGAAAUCGGUCUCUGUGGUUGCAGCGUCGGAUUCUCCCGCUCACGACGAACCACCAUCCGAUUCAUCGCAGGAAUCGUAGAAGAACACGGCCAUUACGUACAGGGCUUACUUUUGUAUAGCAAAAAUUUUGGUACGGACUUUAUAAGACGGGUAUAUUCUCUCUUUC